AUGUGUAUCACGGUGUUCAUGUGGCAAUCUCAUCCAAAAUACCCUUUCCUCCUCUUACUCAACAGGGACGAAUUUUAUUCUCGCCCUACUCAACCGUUGGCGUGGUGGGACGGUGAAACAAUCUUGGGCGGUAGGGAUGGACUCUGCGGUGGUACGUGGUUGGCUUCCACCAAAGAUGGCAGGCUUGCUUUUCUCACCAAUGUUAGAGAACUCCAAAACAUUCCACAAUCUAAUACCAGAGGGGAUCUUCCACUUCGUUUUCUCCAGAGCAAUAAAAGUCCCCAAGAGUUUGCAGAGGAAGUGCUCAAAGAGGCUCAUCUAUACAACGGAUUUAACCUUGUAUUAGCUGAUAUCUGCACCUCCACCAUGGUUUAUGUCUUCAAUAGACCAAAGCACGGUUAUCUUUAUGUUACUCCUGGAAUUCAUGUCUUAACUAAUGCAUCAUUGGACGCUUCUUGGCCAAAGGCUGAACGGUUGCGCCAUAACUUCCAAGAGCUUAUUAAUGAGUAUGGCGAAGGUGAAUUUCCAAUUAAAGAAAUGGUGGAGAAACUAAUGACAAACACAAUUAAAGAUGAUAAAGAGUGCAUGCUACCAGGUAUUCAUCCUCCAGAAUGGGAACAUCGUCUGAGUUCGAUAUUUGUCGACACACAACUUCCCUCGGGGCCAUAUGGUACUAGAAGCUCCUCUGCUUUGUUUGUCACAUCAAACAAAGAAGUCACAUUCUAUGAAAAACAUCUCGAACAAAAGCAAUGGAAAGAGAACACGGUAACCUAUCAGAUCGGUGAGGCAUAG